CGGCACUACUCGAAUGAAUAGUGCUUUGGACAGGCUACCGGUAUCUACAAGUGGCCUGUUGUUCCGAAAACAGCAUCCUCUAGACUAUUUAUUUUCAAAGACACCACGAAUGACGUUAAAACGAAUGGGGCUGCUCAGCAAUGGGCAAUGGGCAUUACCGUGCCGGCAGCUUCGUUGAAGUGUUGCACUAAGUCUUUCUUCGUUUGCAACUAACUCACCAAUUUCCAGGAAGGGUGACCUUGACACUGGGACAUCCCCAAUAUUUGUUUCAGGUACAGUCGCCCUCGCAAGAACCACCAAAACUGUAGUGCCCUGUGAACAGUCGAAACACAAUGACAUGAUCAGCAUGUAAAGCAGAAGGCCAUUGUUGUUGUUGUUAUUAGACUAUUCCUCGGACUCUCUCCAAUUGCGCAUUCCUUCAACCAACAGCUCCUACGUGGCAGCAAAAAGAGUCCUCUGACAUCAUAGUUUAUCCGCCAGUCCACCAGGAUCGCUCCGCUCCUGCCUGAGAAUCACAUUUUUUCGCUAAUCCUCUUCUCAAAGCCUUUCAUCUCAGUACUUACAAUCAAUAUGGGACUUGUGCAACCGGAUUUCGUGGUGCAAAUAAACGUGGAACAUGCUCUGAAUGGCACUGACGCAGCUUCAGCUUCAGCCUCAGCCAUCGAGUCUGAUACCCUUGCCACUUUGCUCAUGGACUCCUCCUAUCAGUAUGAAGGUCAUACUGAUGAGCCACUCACACAGACUUGGAACUUUGCCUUUGUCAUCUUUGCCUACGCUCUUGCUUGUGUUGCUUCCUACAGUGCUGUUCACUUGAUGGAUCACUGCCUUUGGAGGUCCGAGGAAUUGAAGAAGGCGGCCAUCAUCAAGUAUCCUGAUGUCUAUGCUGCUAUCAUGUUGGGAUUCGGUGCUGUUUGGUGCAUGCACUUUGUGGGAAUGGCAGCUGUCACCAUAGAGGGGGUACCCAUUUGCUACGAUUGGGCCAUUACUGUUGGGUCUCUUGCUGCUGUGGUAGUGAUGAUGUAUGCAGCAAUCAAGGUAGCAGGGAAUGAUGUAUUCGCAACACCGGACAGGGUCAAGAUCUUGGAGAUCAUUGUUGGAGACAGCUUUAUCUCGGACAAGGAAGCUGCUUGGGAACUCACCAAGGUAACCUACUUCUACAGGUUGCACUACUUGGCCAUGGGCAGUGUUCUAGCUGCUUCAGGGGCAAUUGUGAUGCACUACACAGGAAUGAUGGCUCAGAGGGGGCCCUUCUACAGAGAGUGGAACACGGGAUUCAUUGCCAUAUCAUGCUGCAUGGCCACUGUGAUUUGUUUCGUUGGGUUCUGGAUUAUAUUCCGUUUGCGAUGGAAGAUCAGUCAGCAGUGGCUUCGAUACCUGAGUGCUGGAGUCAUUGCAUUGGCGGUUUGUGCCCUGCAUUUUUUUGGUAUGCUUAGUGUUACCUACUAUCCAGAUGAUGACUCCUCAUACACAUGCCAGAAGACCUGGGACACAAACAACACCAGUCCCAAUGCCUGGACUGAUCAUCAGAUCAUUGUAGUAGCAAUUGCAUUGAUUGUGCCAGCCCUAGCGUUCUACGUCUCCAACAUCAUCAACCAGGAACUUAUCUUGGCGUAUCAAGUGACAGCAAGGUCCAAUGCCAUUGUGUCAUCACUCUUUCCAGCUCAGAUCCGAGAACGAAUGAUGGCUGAUGAAAGGGCAAAGCUGAAAUCCUUCCUGUUCAGCAAAAACGACCAAGCUGAUCAUUCUGACAGUGAAGAUGUUGCACAGUUUGGUCCUGGUGAAAGCUAUAAAAGGAGGUCAAAGCCCAUUGCAGAUCUCUUCACUGAUACCACAAUCAUGUUUGCUGACAUUGCAGGUUUCACGGCCUGGUCCAGUGAGAGAGAGCCCUGUCAAGUCUUCACGCUACUGGAGACUAUUUAUGAAGCUUAUGAUGAGAUCACCAAGCAGCAAGGUGCCUUCAAGGUGGAAACAGUCGGAGACUGUUAUGUUGCAGUCGCAGGGCUUCCUGACCCCAGAAAGGAUCAUGCUGUUGUGAUGAGCCGUGUAGCUUCUCGCUGUGUCUAUAAGAUGGGACUGCUCACCAAGAGAUUGGAGGUAACACUUGGGCCCGAUACUGGAGAUCUGAAUAUCCGCAUUGGCUUGCACAGUGGUCCAGUCACUGCAGGGGUGCUCAGGGGCGAUCGAGCUCGCUUCCAACUCUUUGGUGACACCAUGAACACUGCCUCAAGGAUGGAAUCAACUGGUUUGCCAGGCAGAGUUCAGAUAUCAACUGAGACUGCAGAACUGCUCAAGGCUGCAGGAAAUGAAAAAUGGGUCAGCCCUAGAUCCCAUGAAGUCUUUGUGAAAGGGAAGGGCCAACUCCAAACAUACUGGCUAAAUGUAAAGGGGUGUAGCCCUGGGUCACAAGCCAGCACUGAUGUUAGUUCCCAUGCAUAUUUAGAGGACAUUUAUCAGAUGCCUUACGACAAGGAAGCAAGACUGAUUGAGUGGAGCGUGGAUAUUCUAAAGGGGACGUUGAAGCAAAUUGCUGCUCGCCGUAAUGCCAUGGGAAAAGCAAAGAAGAAAGCUAUCCUACCCAGUGCUAAAUCAGGGGAUAGCAUCCUACCUGAUGCUGUUGCGGGAAGUGUGAUUGAUGAAGUCUGUGAAAUCAUUGAGCUUCCAGACUUUGAUCAUAAGCUGGCCAAGAAACAAGAAGAUCCAGAGUCCAUUGAACUGCCUGAAGGUGUUGUGCAGCAACUCACAAAGUAUGUGACCAGCAUUGCCGAUCUCUACCACAACAAUCCUUUCCAUAACUUUGAUCAUGCGAGCCAUGUCAUGAUGUCAGUGUCCAAGCUCCUCUCCCGCAUUGUUGCCCACUCUUCAGAUCGAAUUGAUACACGCAAAUGUGUGGCCUCCAGCCUCCAUGACCAUACUUAUGGCAUAACUUCGGAUCCUCUUACCCAGUUUGCCUGUAUCCUAUCUGCAUUGAUUCAUGAUGCCGAUCAUGUUGGUGUGCCCAAUACUCAACUUGUGAAGGAAGAGACCGAAACAGCCAAGCGAUACAAGGGCAAGAGUGUAGCUGAGCAGAACUCCGUUGUACUCUCAUGGGAGAUGCUCUUGCGUCCUGAGUAUUGUGACCUGAGGGGUGCCAUCGCUGCAACAGAUGCUGAGUGGACACGCCUCAAACAGCUUGUUGUGAAUUCUGUGAUGGCUACUGACAUCAUGGACAAGGACCUGAAGGGGUUGCGCAAUGCUAGAUGGGAGAAGGCAUUCUCAGAACAGGAUCCAAGCGAGGAUGCACACGUGACCACCAACCGCAAGGCCACAAUUGUUAUUGAGCACCUGAUUCAGGCUUCCGAUGUGGCUCACACAAUGCAACACUGGCAUGUGUACAGGAAAUGGAACCAGAGGCUAUUUGAGGAGAUGUACAAGGCCUACAAGGAGGGCCGUUCUGAGAAGGACCCUUCUGAAUUCUGGUAUAAGGGAGAGAUUGGUUUCUUUGACUUCUACAUCAUCCCACUGGCAAAGAAGUUAAAGGACUGUGGUGUUUUUGGGGUUGCCUCUGAUGAGUACCUGACCUAUGCCAUUCAGAAUCGGAGGGAAUGGGAAGAGCGUGGGGAAGCAGUUGUCAGUGAGAUGAUUGAAAAAGUGAAGGCAGUUUGGGAGGAAGAUGCCGAGACCACAGACACCUUUGUUGAUGAAGCCAGCGUGGUUUCACUUUGAAUGACUAGAGGUGAAGCAGGGUGUUUCCAAUUUUUGGCCGAUACAUCAUUUCUAUAAGUUUCUAAAGCUGAAACUUCCUACUGGUCCACCCAAAGCAGACAUCAGUGACAUGGCAGUUGGGGAGUCUCCCUGUAUCCCGGCACGGUGGGUAGGGCAAAUUGAUUUGCACGCACUAGUAGCACAUUAUGUAUGCUAUUACUGAUGUGCCAUUCCAACAAUUUGCUGAGAGUGAAGCCUCGUGCGUUGCGAUGUGAUGUGAGAAGUAGGAGGGGAAGGCUCAUGUCUGCAGCAACAGCAGCAAUGUACGUACCCCGUGAGCGACGGUUGUCACUCAGUAGUCACAUUUUGCUAUCGUACUAUGAUUCGAUUUAGCUAUCAUCACUU